UAAAGUUUUUGUCCUUAAGGAACUUAUAGUUUAGUGGUAUAGGUAGAUAACAAGUAAAUAAACACAGAAGGAAAAUGACUACAAAGUAUGAUAUUUAUUCUGAAGGAUCUUGUAAAGAAUCUAUAUAGUGGACUGGAGGGGGACUAUUUUGAAUACAUUUUUCUAAAGAAUUAUCAUUUUAGCUGAGUACUGAAGGACAAGAAUGAGCCAGCCACUCUAGGAAGUGGGGGAAGGGCAUUCUAGGAAAAGGGAACUGUAAGAAUAAGGGUUCCAGGUGGAAGAAGUUCUUGGCACAUUCGAGAAACAGAAAAGAGAAUUGUUUGUUGCACAGUAGAUACUUGGAGUGGUCUUAUGAGAUAUGGAAGGAGUAGGCAGAAGCCAGAUGAUGUGAGGUUUUAUAAGUUAUGGUAAGGCAUUUGAAUUUUAUUCUAUGAGCAAUCUAAAGACAGUAACGUUUCUAGUUAGGGGAGUGAUAUGAUUUGAAUUUAAAAAUCAUUCUGGAUAUCAUAUGAAUAAUGGAUCAGAGAGGGGAAGAGAGAGACCAGUUAGAAGGCAGCUUGGAGGAGGAUGUGGGAGGAGAAUGUAGAGGUAGGUGGAUUUGGAAAAUAUUUUGGAAGCAUAAUUGACAGGAUUUUGUAAUAGAUUGAAUGGAGUAGAUGAGAAGAAGGAAGGAGUCAAAAAUGGCAUAAGUUUUGAACUUGAGCAAGUGGAGUCAAUGGUAGUGUCAUUUGCUGAAAUAGAGAAGAUUUGGAAGAGAAAGCUUGAGCUUCUUUCAGGCAUAUCCAGUGAGAAAUGACUGUUAAAAUACCCACAGUGUUAUCUCAGGAAGUUGAAAAUUACAGGCCAAGGCAAGAAGAACUCCCAAGACAAUAACUUGAAGAUUGCAAUGGCUACAAGAAGAGGACUGGCAUUUGGUUUCCUGAAUGACAUCUACUCAGUGCUGAAGAAAGAGGGCACUAGUGUACAGCCCAGAUCGCAUCCUCACACCGUCUGGAUUAGAGCUGAGGCGUCUGCAAACCCAGUGCGGCUGUGGUCCUGUGGCCCCGGGACCAUAGAGCUACCUACCACGACUCAGCAGCGUCCAGCUCACCGCUGCCAACACGACGCCUAUUGUACUCUUGAUCAAUUUACCUUGAUGCACCGGUGAAGAACCGGGAUUUGAAUUCCCCUAAAAAACACCUCCAGUGUGUGGAGGCGGUCGUGGAGGACCAGGAGGAGGCGGCGACAGGGAGGGAGCCGGAGGUGGAGGCGGCGAAGGCGCUGGACUAGCAGUGCUGGCGAGGGGACCGAGCCGCGAGAGGCAGCGUCGGGCGUCUUGGUGGUGAGCGCCCACAGCCUGCAGGCGGGACCAGCGUGGGAACUCGGCUGGCAGGCUGUGGACCGCGUCCUCACCACAAUGAUCCGGCUCCUCUUGGUUUUCUUCCCGGCAAUCUUUUUGGAGAUGUCCCUUCUCCCCAGAAGCCCCGGCAGGAAAGCGUUGCUGGCCGGAGCCUCGUCUCAGCGAUCGGUAGCCAGGAUGGACGGAGAUGUCAUCAUUGGGGCUCUCUUCUCAGUCCACCACCAGCCACCGGCUGAGAAGGUGCCCGAGAGGAAGUGUGGGGAGAUCAGGGAGCAGUAUGGCAUCCAGAGGGUGGAGGCCAUGUUCCACACGUUGGAUAAGAUCAACGCGGACCCGGUCCUCCUGCCCAACAUCACUCUGGGCAGUGAGAUCCGGGACUCCUGCUGGCACUCUUCUGUGGCUCUGGAACAGAGCAUUGAGUUCAUCAGGGACUCUCUGAUUUCCAUUCGAGAUGAAAAGGAUGGGCUCAACCGGUGCCUGCCUGAUGGCCAGUCCCUCCCUCCAGGCAGGACUAAGAAGCCCAUCGCCGGUGUUAUCGGUCCCGGCUCCAGCUCCGUAGCGAUUCAAGUGCAGAACCUGCUCCAGCUCUUCGACAUCCCCCAGAUCGCUUAUUCAGCUACAAGCAUCGACCUGAGUGACAAAACUUUGUACAAAUACUUCCUGAGGGUUGUCCCUUCUGACACUUUGCAGGCAAGGGCGAUGCUUGACAUAGUCAAGCGUUACAAUUGGACGUAUGUCUCUGCAGUCCACACGGAAGGGAAUUAUGGGGAGAGUGGAAUGGACGCUUUCAAAGAGUUGGCUGCCCAGGAAGGCCUCUGCAUUGCCCAUUCUGACAAAAUCUACAGCAACGCUGGGGAGAAGAGCUUUGACCGACUCCUGCGCAAGCUCCGAGAGCGGCUUCCCAAGGCCAGAGUGGUGGUCUGCUUCUGCGAAGGCAUGACUGUCCGAGGACUCCUGAGUGCCAUGCGGCGCCUUGGUGUUGUGGGCGAGUUCUCCCUUAUUGGAAGGUAAGUGUCUCUCUCUCUCUCGCGUUCUC